GGAGGGCGGUCAGCUGACGGCGCCGGCUGCGGGCAAGGGGGGCAGGGUAGGAGAGCACCGGCCGCCCUUGCCGCCUGGCAUGCUGCGGCUCCUGCUCCCGGUGGCCGGCCUGGCGACGGUCCUCAGGGCCGCGAAUAUAUCCCAGAGGACUUUUGGGAUUGAUUAUGGCUGCAACUGCUUUGUCAAGGAUGGACGCCCUUUCCGUUACAUCUCCGGUAGCAUUCACUACUCACGGAUUCCCCGGUAUUACUGGAAGGACCGUCUCUUGAAGAUGAAGAUGGCAGGGCUGGAUGCAAUUCAAACGUAUGUGCCAUGGAACUACCAUGAACCCCAGAUGGGUGUGUAUGAUUUCUCUGGUGACAGAGAUCUGGAGUAUUUCCUGCAGCUUGCUGAUGAAACUGGCUUGCUGGUGAUCCUGAGAGCUGGACCUUACAUCUGUGCAGAAUGGGAUAUGGGAGGUCUUCCAGCAUGGCUGUUGGAGAAAGAAUCUAUUGUUCUCAGGUCUUCUGAUUCAGAUUACCUGGCAGCAGUAGAGAAAUGGAUGAGUGUCCUUUUGCCAAGGAUGAAGCCUCACCUCUAUCAAAAUGGAGGUCCAGUCAUCAUGGUGCAGGUAGAGAAUGAGUAUGGAAGCUACUUUGCUUGUGACUACGAUUAUCUGCGUUCCCUUCAGAAACUCUUUCGCCAGCAUCUUGGGGAUGAGGUGGUACUGUUCACAACUGAUGGUGCAAGCCAGCUUUACUUGAGAUGUGGAGCUCUUCAGGGUUUUUACGCAACAGUGGACUUUGCCCCAGGUGGCAAUGUCACAGCAGCAUUCUUAGCUCAAAGGAGCAGUGAACCUACAGGCCCUUUGGUUAAUUCUGAGUUUUAUACUGGAUGGUUGGAUCACUGGGGACACCGUCAUUCUGUUGUGCCUGCACAAACCGUAGCUAAAACACUUAAUGAAAUCCUGGCAUGUGGUGCUAAUGUUAACCUGUACAUGUUUAUAGGUGGAACUAACUUUGCCUAUUGGAAUGGUGCCAAUAUGCCUUAUAUGCCACAGCCCACUAGUUAUGACUAUGAUGCUCCGCUGAGUGAAGCAGGGGAUCUGACUGAAAAAUAUUUUGCCUUGAGGGAAGUCAUUGGUAUGUAUAACCAGUUACCAGAAGGUCUUAUCCCUCCAACAACAUCCAAAUUUGCAUACGGGAAGGUUCACUUGCAAAAGGUGGGCACUGUGGUGGAGUUUCUUGACAGGUUGACACCUGCUGGACCAGUGAAAAGCACUUACCCACUAACCUUUGUUCAGCUAAAGCAGUAUUUUGGGUUUGUACUGUACAGAACUAAGCUUCCAAAAAACUGUACGGAGCCAACACAACUGUCUUCACCUUUAAAUGGAGUCCAUGAUCGUGCUUAUGUCUCCGUGGAUGGGGUUCUUCAAGGCAUCCUUGAAAGGGAUAAAUCGCUAAUGAUAAAUAUAACUGGGAAGGCUGGAGCAAAAAUGGAUAUCUUGGUAGAGAAUAUGGGCCGAGUCAACUAUGGUAGAUACAAUAAUGACUUCAAGGGUCUAGUUUCAAAUUUAACUCUUGAUCAAGAUAUACUUGUUGAAUGGGAAAUCUAUCCUCUAGACAUAGAUGGAGCAGUGAACCAUUCCAUUCAUGGCUACCCUGACCAACCAAAGAGAUCUGUUGGCAAUCCACUGAGUUAUGAAACACCUACUUUUUACACCGGUAGACUUUUAAUUCCUGGCGGGAUUCCAGACUUGCCACAAGACACCUAUGUCAACUUUCCUGGCUGGACAAAGGGGCAAAUUUGGAUCAAUGGCUUUAAUCUCGGUCGCUACUGGCCAGCCCGUGGUCCUCAGUUGACCCUUUUUGUUCCAAGGAAUAUACUUGUUUCAUCAGUGCCAAAUAACAUAACAGUACUGGAACUGGAGCAUUCUUACUGUAGCACCCAGGCAUGCGAGAUAGAAUUUGUAGACAAACCGGUUAUCAAUGCAACUACACAGUACAAAAAUGUUCCCCACCCACUCUUUUUUAGAGACAUGUGGCUGAACUAUCUAUAAUGAUUUGAGUGUUUCCUUAUCUUCCCCCCAAUUUGCUUCUUUUUCCCUUUAAACAUACUUCCCUUUUUUAAAGAGUCAGUGUAAAUUAGUAAGUUGUUUAGCAGAGACAGCUUCUUAAAUUCAAAUAUUUUUUUUUCAGGCUGGCCAGACUUAAAUACUGAAAUUCUCUUGAAAAAGAAAAGUUGUAGCUUUAGAGUUUGCCUUGAACUGUGAAACUGAACUCAUCUAGAAGAUAAUUUUAGCAUCGAAGUAUACUAAAAAUGCAUAGAAUCAUAGACUAUCCCGAGUUGGAAGGGACCCAUAAGGAUCAUCAAGUCCAACUCCAGGCACCGCACAGGUCUACCCAAAAGUUUAGACCAUGUGACUAAGUGCACAGUCCAAUCGCUUCUUAAACUCCAACAGGCUUGGUGCUGUGACUACUUCACUGGGGAGCCUGUUCCAGUGUGCGACCACCCUCUUGGUGAAGAACCUCUUCCUGAUGUCCAGCCUAAACUUCCCCUGCCUCAGCUUGACGCUGUUCCCGUGGGUCUUAUCACUGGUGUUUACGGAGAAUAGGUCACCUGCCUCUCCACUCCCUCUCACGAGGAAGCUGUAGACCACAAUGAGGUCCCCCCUCAGCCUCCUCUUCUCCAGGCUGAACAGGCCCAGUGACCUCAGCUGCUCCUCAUACGUCUUCCCCUCUAGUCCCUUCACCAUCUUCGUAGCCCUCCUCUGGACACUCUCCAAGUUUAAUGUCCUUUCUGUACUGUGGUGUCCAGAAGUGCACACAGUACUUGAGGUGAGGCCGCACCAGCGCAGAGUAGAGCAAGACAAUCACUUCCCUCGACUGACUAGCAAUGCCGUGCUUGAUGCACCCCAGGAUACGGUUGGCCCUCCUGGCUGCCAGGGCACAGUGCUGGCUCAUAUUCAACUUGCUGUCAACCACAGCCCUCAGAUCCCUCUCUGUGGGGCUGCUCUCCAGCGUCUCGUCACCCAGUCUGUACGUAUAGCCAGGGUUGCCCCAUCCCAGGUGCAGGACCCAGCACUUGCUCUUGUUAAACUUCAUGCGGUUAGUGAUCACCCAGCUCUCCAAUCUGUCCAGAUCUCUCUGCAAGGCCUUUCCACCCUCAUCCGAGUCCACAACUCCUCCAAGUUUGGUGUUGUCGGCAAAUUUGAUCAAAACACCUUCUAGUCCUACAUCCAAAUAGUUUAUAAAAACAUUGAAAAGGACUGGCUCUAAAAUGGAGCCUUGGGAGACCCCACUAGUGACCACCCACCAGCCUGAUGUGGCCCCAUUUACCACAACCCUUUGAGCCCUGCCUGUCAGCCAAUUGCUCACCCAUUGUAUGAUGUUUUUGUUGCUUUCCUGUAGGCUGUUUGCAUUACAGGAACCUUCUGCUUUUUUUUAACCAUCUUUUGCAACUGGAAAGAAGCCUACAAAAGGGCUGCACAGUCCCAUGACCCUGCUGGUUACUCAUGAAUGCUUGGUAGGUCCGUGCUGCCAAUGGACUAGACAACUUUCAGCUGAUUUUUGUUACCUGUUUAGUAUCAGUAUCAUUUUAUUCUGCACUGACUGCCGACGUUGAAUGGACCUGCUUUUUUCACCUCCAUGCAAAUGACCUCUGAAAAAAUCCAUUUGGUUUCCUAUGGGAGCAGUGACAAAUGUGGAAGAGAGCACUCAUGCAAGCUGAUCCAAACAGCAGUAAUGUGGACAGUGGAGAGUGAUCUUGUAGUCUGCUUCUAUCCUCUCUUUGAAAGCCAUUUGACUGCUUCAUUUCUACUAUCUCCAGAGACUUAAAUUAAAUUGGCAAUUACAAGAACAGUAGUGAAAUUUAGGCUGUUUUGGUUGGACCAUAGCCUCUGAUUAACUUGCCUGCAGAAUAUAGUCUUAAAAUAAGCCAUUUUUCCUUUUAACUGAUUUUUUUUUUAAUGGGCCUGUAAUGCCUCUUCUUCAUAGGCCAGAACCUUCAAAGUAGAAGAGAAUUCAAGUUCUUUGAAUACAAAAAGAGAAUUCAAUUUUUUUAACUUAAGUCAUGCCUUGUGUUUUGUUCCAGUAAACUGAUAAUCUAAUCCAGUAAACUGAUAAUCUAAAUGCCUGGUAUUUGCAAAGAUAUGUAGUCGUUGUUGGAAAAGCUGACUUUCUACAGGAGGCUGAAUCUUCUUUUUGAUUCUUAGGAUUUUGGUGUCAAUCAUGCAAACUCUUUGGUGAGAUGUAAACAAAAUAUUAAGAUGACAAAACCAAAUAUUUUCAUAAUCUGUGGUUGUUCCCUUUUUAUUUGUCUCAUGUUAUUAAAAUGGUUCUUUAAAGAUUAAA